UGUCAGUCCAUUGGAGGAGUGGUUUAUCUUGCUCCUUCUAUAAAUCUUUGGUCCAGACCGACCCAGACGGACCCAGACCGACCCAGACCCCAGACCCAGACCGAGCACUGAAGGGAGACGGUGAUAACGAUGAAGAUAUCCGCGGUGGCGUUUGCUCGCCUGCUGCUGCUGUUGUUGCCGCUACUGGCCGCUGCCAGCCGUGUGGGAGCGAUCCCCCCUCACGCACAGGUGGCGCGGAUGGCGCGCUAUGUGGUCAACAGCUGCGACUGGUGCUCCAUGGCCACCAUCUCCACACACAAGCCGCUGGUCGGGCUGCCUUUCUCCAACGUCUUCUCGGUCAGCGACGGGCCGCGGCAGCGGGGCAGUGGCGUUCCCUACCUCUACCUCACCCCGCUAGAGAGGUCGGUGCAGGACAUCAAGAUUAAUCCAGAGGCUUCCCUGGCCAUGACCUUGGCAGAGACGGACUACUGUCGGAAAAAUGGGUAUGAUCCCCAAAGUCCACUUUGUUGCCGUGUGAUGCUCAGUGGAACCAUUGUGAAGGUGAAUGAGACAGAAGCUAAAAUUGCCAAGAAAGCUCUCUUUGAACGUCACCCCGUCAUGGCCAGCUGGCCAAGUGGUCAUAGAUGGUUCUUUGCCAAGCUCAAUAUCACCAACAUUUGGGUUCUGGAUUAUUAUGGUGGAAUAAAAACAGUCACACCCGAGGAGUACUACAGUGCCAAACCUGAAUAUGAAAGGAAUUCCAUUGAUGAAUAGAAAUCAUGAAUGUCAUGUCAUUGAUCAGAAGGAGCCAACUUUUACCAAGAUUCACCUCAACGUAUGGCAUUGGAGAAAGAAUGUGCUAAGACACGUCAAAUCAAUGAAAGAAAUUAAUCAAUAGACAUGGAAUCAAAUAUUAAGAAAAUCUUGCUCAAAAUUAAGUGCCUUAAUUUUAAAUAUUGCAUUCAUUUUAACCUUUCACUCAGAGGGAAAAGUGGUGAAGAGUUUUCAUUAACACCUUUUUGUACCUUUCAUUAAGGAAAUGCGCUAAAAUUGUGAGUUGAGGUAAAGUUAUAACUAAUAAAUAACAAACAAAAACCUGUUUUGAUUGCUUGCUUAUAAUCUGAUUUUUCUAUCAAUGGCUUUUGUAAGGAUGGAACUUGGAUUUUUGCACUUAAAUACGUCCUUACAUAAAACAUGAAAAUCGUGUGCAUUCAAUAUUUUUGGUGUAUGAGAAUUUGUAUGUGCUUAUUUUUGAUUAAAUUUUUUAAAUGA